AUGUUUGAAACGUAUUCUGUCAAAAUGGUAAAAAUGGAUGCAUCAAACAUAACCAGCAAAACGAGUUCUUUAAAAGCUUUAAUAUUAAAAGCUUGGCGUGAGCGAUGGACUGAUAUUCAAUGGGGAAUAAAUAUUAAAACAAUACUACCAAGAGGUGUCAGCGGAGAUUUGUAUAACCUAGCAGAUUGUAUUCUUCAACAAGCUAUGGUUGGUUGUGGAGCUAACCAACUUGUUAUAUCCUAUUUAAAACACUCCCUGGCUUCCCAUCUAGUGUCAUACGCUGCUGUAUUGCAAAGAAUAGCUAAAUUUGAUGCAUUUCAUAAGCCACAUUGUAUUGCAAGCCUAUUGGAGUUUCUCGAGAGCUUUCUUGAUAGUAUAACAUGUCGUAGUAAAAUGGAAGAAGAGGUACUCGCCUUCGCAGUUUCUUCUAUAAUCUUGUGGUUAUUGCAAGUGUAUCACUAUUCAUUAAGUAAAUAUCCUUCUUCAAAUCCUAUUCAAAGUCAAGAACUACUAGAAAAAUCUACUUCACUUCUCAAUGCUAUUGUGCACUCGGACUUUCUGUUAGCCAUGUUCUAUUUAGCUAAACAAAAUGAUCCAGAUGAGUAUAAUGAAGUUACAAAAAAGUGUCAAGAAAUCACAACAUUUAUGAUGAUGAAUACUCAGUUUAAGGCACCCGUUACUAUACAUGAAACAUUACAGAAGAUUUGUAAUAUGGACAUUGACAAGAUAGCACCACUGAAUAAUAAAACGGAAACAGUUACCCACUGUUUAGAAGCAUUAAUAGCUGUUAAUGUAUUAGCAAAUCCUAGUGCCGACAUGCAGCAACUCUCAAGUCAGCUGUUAAUGGUACAAAGACUGAAAAGCUAUUCCUUGUCAACACUCUACUGUGAAUUAAUUAGAGCAUGUUUUAUUGCCCUUAAUGAUGCUAGCAAAGAUGCUUCCAAGCAAGCAAUAUGGGCCGCUUUUACUUUUCUUAAACUGCCGCAAGUCAUACACUAUUUACAUAAUAUUUGUGGUACGACUAACAAAGAUGGAGAGUAUUCUACCGAAGUUGUAGAAGCAUUUGAGAAACUUCUACAAUCAACACCCCUUCUAGAUGUUGUUGAUGCAAAGAAUUCAUGUAAUUGUGUAAUGUCGUUGUUAGAUCCAUUAGUGAAGCUAAAUGUUGUAGCCGAGAGUCAAUUGGCUUAUUUCAAUCAGAAAAGAGAAACUAAAGAUUCAAUGCUUCAGAAGUUAGAACCUACAGGACUUCAAGGAUCUGUACCAGCAUAUUUUGUAACAAGAGCAGAACCGACUUUAGCUGGAAUUCUGAAAACUAUGGGCGGUGAUUUUCAUAAAACACAAGAUUCUUUACAUGCGAUGCUGUGUCAAAUUGUAGGUGGCACAACUUUAGAUACAAUUUUGGCUGUAGCGACAGUAGAAGGAAAGUUGAAGUUAUUUGUGUCUAGACUAAUUAAGUUCAAUGAAUUUGCAUUAAUAUCAGCUAGUGAGAAAAAUGCGCCACAGUCUAAAGUGUAUAUAUUUGAUAUUUCUUUCCUAAUACUGUGUUCUAUAGUACAAGAUUAUGGUGCUGAGGCUGUAUUAGAUGAAAAUGGUGAUUCCUUUUUUGAACAAUGGGUCAGAGAGUGUAUGCCACAAAAAGGGGUACAUAAAUCUCCAGAGCAAAUAUUACAGAAAUGUGAUUCGCAGGUUAUAGAUAUUUUCAUACAUCACUUGAGUGCUCCAGACUUCGAUUUUAAGAAUACAAAUUUGAAACCACAUGACCUGUGUAUAAAUGUGUGUGGUGUCAUAAAAGAAAUUCUAUUUGCUUGGGAGCAAGGUUCAAUUUCGGCUGCCGAUUUGAAGAGAAUGUUGGAUUCUCUUAGACAAAAAAUGGCAUCAUUAGCUGUGUGUGCCUCAAGUUGGUUAUGUGCAUAUGUUAAUGUAGUUCACCAGGACGCUAUUUUGAAGCCAAUUAAUAUAAUACAACAAUUUCUGUCUGCUCCAAGUGAAGUAGAAUUGACUCAAAUUGAUAAUUUCAAAGAGAGAGCCAUUCUUAUGUGUCAAAUAAUAAGAAAAUUACAGUACGACAUUCAUCCGCCGUCAGUGCCUAAGGCAAAAACGUUAAACUUAUCACAUUAUAUUGUUUCUAAACAACCUAUCUUAGAGCAAUUGCAGAGCGUAUGGGAUGACAUAAAAACUCGAGGGUAUUUACAUAUUGACGCCACUCAUAUAAUAGAAAGUCUAUUAAACACUGCGGGACCAGUUUGGCUUGUGACAAAUUUACUUAAGCAGACCCUUAAAUUCAGAUAUCAAGACGAUUUAGACAGGUCUGUGGAUAUAGUUGUGGCGAUCUUUCAUUUGGAUAUAGAGAAAUGUUCACAGGCUCUUUUACUUUACGUUUUACCUCAAUAUCUAUAUAAUGCGAAGUUGUGUAAUGAACUUGUUGAACCUCAAUCGGCUAUAUUGGCUAAACUCUGCGUGUAUUGUAUUUAUGCUGCUUUAGAGCAUAGUAUCUCGAGAAAGGUUACAACCUCCAGGAAGAGAAGACACGAUGAUACAGAAGACUUGGAUGCAAUCUGUUCCUCAAACAAAGUACGCAGAUUGAAUGACAAUACCUCGGAUGCGUUGUAUUAUUCUCAAGGCCAAAGUAUGGGUAUUAUAAUUAAGGAGCCAUUACAGUCGGCAUUAGAGAUGCUAUUCAAGUCAUUUUCACAGCUGGCUGGUAAAAAUGGUGACGUCACUCCACAAACGCAAUUUAUAUUUGAGUUUAUCAGUUAUGCAGUACAGUGUGGUCAAGAUAGAGCCCAAGUUGUGUUGCAAAAAAUGCCUUCAGAGAUCGUCCCAACACUUAUUAAAGCUCUGCCAGAUAACUUUAAUACAGGAUUAAUAUUGAGACUGUAUGAUUUAUCAACUCCAUAUGGUAGAAAGGAUACGGCUAGGGAUCUGUGUCUCCUACGAAAUAUGCGACUUAGGCCUGAGUAG